AUGACUGAGGUCGGGCCUGCCGAUCGAUCGAGGCUCUUGCGGUCAAAGAAGACGAGCGCAGUUCUUUGCCGCCGCCGCUGCGCCGACACCCUACCAAACUAUGAGAUCGCGAGCCCCAACGCGCCGAAUGCGAGCCCCAGCGACUUCAAUGCUUACGAUCAUUCCAGCGUCUUGCAGGGCAAGAAAUUUGGCGACGCCAAUGUCUCCAGCGCACCCGCGUUAAAUCUUAAUGGCCUCGCUCGAUUCUUCCGAGUGGCAGGAAUAUGGGGGAUUUUACCUGAUGGCCAGCCUAUCGCCGCAGCGGCGAAUGGCGCGAGGCCAACCGGAGCUGGUGUAUCAACGCAACCAACCGCACCGAUCCAAUCCUUGGGAAGCGUAUCGGCGCCGCUCAACGACGAUAAGAGGCGACCGGCAUUAGCACCGAGCACUCUCGUUUCUAGCGCAGCCUCGACACCACCCGCCGUUGCAUCCCGCGAAGCGAAGCCCAAGAUCGCAGCAUCGUCGCCACAGAUCCCUCACCCGUCAACAACGGCAGGCGUCACGACCCGACCAGCCAUUGAACACGGAAUAAAUGGGGUUGCGGAGAAGUCUGCUCAAAAACACGCCUCCGCCCCGCCGGUAUCCGCCGCCGCGACGACGAAGCCAGUACCAGUCGCCGAGACACGAGCCCCCAACCUCUCGCUGGAUCGCCCGGAGAAGGAGGAUGCCCAGUCUGUGCUAACCGAGAAGAAGACCGCCACUGACCAAGAUGCCGUCAUGUCUGCAACCCCGGCUCCGGUUGAGGGCAUGGACGUGGACUCGCGCAAGGCGGAUGUUCCUACGAGGGCGCCUGUCGCAAAACCUGCUCCUGCGGAAGUGAAGCCAUCAUCCCAGUCGGUACCAUCUCCUCAACCUUUCCAGCAGGCUGUCCCACACGUAGCGGAGACUCGUCAACCUGAGAGGGCAGUAACACGAGUAUCAUCUGGCGCCCUUCGUCAGAAGUCCGUUUCCGAGAUUCUCGGUGGAACCCUCAAGUCGCAACGCCCGCUGGCAGCAGAGAAGGCGGUGCCGGGCACGAAGAGUGCACAGGGCUACCCCACGACACCGUCGACCUCGCGGCCCAAGGGCCAGUUUGAGAAGCGACGGGAAAGGGACCGGAAUCAAGUAUCAACGGUGGUGUUUGGAAAGCAAUCCAAGCGUUCCGAUGAUAAGUCGAUCGCGAACCAGAAACAUCAAGGGACUUCGCCGGCGGAUGAUUACUUCACCCCCUCUUUAUCGAAGAGCAUCUCCUCUUCAGAUGCUAUGCUGGCCUAUGAAGAUGACCAGGCGUGCAAAGUCCUCAAGCGGGUCUAUCUGCUUCAGCAUACGAACAAGUGGUCUCUACGACAGCGAGAGCGGUGCGCCGAACCUACCCGACCUCCCUCCCAUCUAGACGUUUUACUCCAGGAGAUGAAGUGGAUGCGGACGGACUUUCGGGAGGAGCGCAAGUGGAAGAUGGCCAUGGCAAGGAUCCUCGCAACUGCGUGCGCCAAAUGGCACGCCGCGACUCCGGAGGAGCGUCUUGCCCUUCAGGUUGCGGCACGUCCUCCACCAAAGGACAACGUGGUGCCAGAGGUCGACAUGCAAGAUGUAGACGCCGUGGCCGAUGACGGCCAGCGUAUGCCUGUCCUUGUGAAGGGCGAUUCUGACGUAUCAGGCAUGAAUGAUGAGGUUGAUAUCAUCUCCCCUCAGCCAUAUUCGCGCUUCCGGAGGAUCAGGUGGUAUUCGCUCUGCGUCGAUCUCCAACGUCAGAUCUGCUUUUGUCCGAACUACCUCUCUAUGGCCCGAGCCAUCAUCUACAAGUCGCCGGGACUGGCUUCCCCCGAGAAGACCGAUGUCGCUUUAUUUAAUCCCGAGAUGAAGCCUAUCCGGGACCGCCUCUACGCGAGCCACCAGUUCAGGCCACCAAGCGAGCACCCUAUGCCACCCCAAAGCUUUUACGAAAAUCGCGUUGCGUCACAGUGGACUGCCGCGGAAGACGAGGAAUUGAGGAACUUGGUGACCCAGUAUCAAUACAACUGGUCUCUCAUCUCAGAUAUCCUCGCUCCUCGCUCGUCUUUUGUCUCUGGAGCCGAGAGACGUACCGCAUGGGAGUGCUUUGAGAGAUGGCUUCAGCUAGAACCCCUCUCCGCCGACCUCGCCAAGACCCAAUACUUCCGCGCCUACAACCACCGCAUUGAGAAUGCUCAGCGUGUUGUUGCACAACAGCACCAGGCGGCCACCCAGCAGGCAGCCACCAACGGCCAACCGGCACCAAAACGCCGACAAUGUGUACCACAGCAACAACCUCGCGCCCAACCCCCGACCAAAACGCCCAAGGAUUACAGCAUUAUGAGAUGGGAGCGUGACCAGGCGCUGGCUGAAAAGAUGGCACAAUAUGCGCAGCGCCAUGAGGCGCAAAAGAGGGCUGCCAUGCAAGCGAGACAAAACGCCUCCAUGGCUAACGCCGCCGCCGUCGCGGCUGCCGCCACAGGCCAAGUGCCCCAAAACGCGGCUGCCGCCCAACUCGGCGGCGUCCCUCGUGUCAACCUGCCAAACCAGCUCCGACAUGUGAUGGGUGCCACUUUGGGGCAACCUUCACUCAAUGCGGCCAACCCCGCCCUCGCUCGUCAAAUGCCUCUCAACGGUGUACCCCAAGCGCAAAUCCAGGCCGCCCUUCAGUCACAACAACACAGGAUGCCUCUUGCGAACCCCCAAGAGGCACACGUCAUUAUGCAGGCUCGCCGCAUCUCAGAACAGCAACGCGCAGCCGUGCAGCUCCAGCAUCAACAAGGCGGCACGCCCCAACCGCAGGCAUCUCCUCAGCCACAGGGCCAGCAGCAGGGGCAGCAACCAGCACCGCAGCAACAACAACAGCAACAAUCCCAAGUUCAGAGUCAAGCGCAAGUUCAGGCGCAAGCCCAAGCGCAAGCCCAGGCGCAAGCCCAAGCCCAGGCGCAAGCCCAAGCACAGGCUCAGGCCCAAGCACAGGCUCAGGCCCAGGCCCAGGCAAUGGCACGCGCUAACAGCGGACGGCAGGGCUCUCCUUCUAACGUUAGGAACGGACUCAACAGCCUCAACCAGCAAAACUACUUGGCUAACGCCCAGGCGCGCGGGCCUUCACCUCCCAACCGGUUCCCCCGCCCGCAAGCCGCGGCAUCAACGCUACCCUUGGCCUUUCAGGCGCAGAUCGCGGCACUGGAGGCGCAGUUUCGGCAGAAAAAUCCCGGGGCUACUCCAGAACAGAUCCAAAAGCUUGCUCAAGAACACCUUGCUCGGGUGCUUAUGGCGCAACGAGCAAGCAGCAACAGGCUCAGGCUCAAGCCCGGGCUCAAGCUCAAGCUCAAGCUCAAGCCCAAGCACAGGCACAAGCACAGGCUCAAGGCCAAGCUCAAGGCCAAGCUCAAACCCAAGCUCAAGCUCAGGCUCAAGCGCAGGCUCAAGCUCAAGCUCAGGCGCAAGCUCAGGCUCAGGCGCAAGCUCAGGCUAAGGCGCAAGCUCACGCCCAUGCCCACGCCCACGCCCAGGCUCAAGCGCUUGCCAAGGCCAAGGCUCACGCUCAAGCUCAAGCUCAAGCUCAAGCUCAAGCUCAAGCCCAGGCCCAGACUCAGGCCCAAGCUCAGGUUCAAGCUCAAGUUCAAGCUCAAGCGCUUGCCCAAGCUCAGGCCCAGGCUAAGGCGCAACAGAAACAGCAACAAGCUCCGCCAGCCACGCCAGCGCAGCCAUCACCACAGAUCGAAACGAUUUGUCAAUAUGCUGACUAAAGAAUUCAUGUUCGCGGCUGACGACGCAGGUCGGCAACUCGAUGAUGAUUCUGACCCUGGUGGCGGCGACGUCGCUCAAAGCGAGAUCCCAUCGUCAUGGGCCAUCUUAAUCUCCAUCUGCCUGCUCAUCACGGCGCUCCUGACGAGUUAUCUCCUCCAGCAGAAGAAGAUUCAAGCUGUACACGAGACCGUCAUAUCUAUUUUUGCAGGAAUGGUUGCCAACUUCUUCCAGAAUAUCGGCGUUAUCCUCACCUUCGCCUUUGCCGGUACUUUUCUUUCGGCUAUCGUCAUCGGGUUUCUCAUCUGGUUCUUCUCGCUCUUCCCCGGAACCAUGGAUUUGAGCCUCGUGGAUGCCAUCUCCGUCGGAGCCACCCUCUCGGCCACCGACCCUGUAACGAUUCUGGCCAUAUUUAAUUCGUACAAGGUGGACCCUAAACUCUACACCAUCAUUUUUGGGAGUAUCGUGUCACUUCUAUUCUGCGGCAUCACCAUGAAGCACUACGCUUACUUCAACAUGUCUCGCCGCACGCAACUGACUACCAAGUACCUUUUCCAGGUUCUGGCGCAACUGUCAGAAAAUUUUAUCUUCAUUUACCUCGGACUCUCGCUAUUCACGGAUAACACCCUCGUCUUCCAACCUCCGCUCAUCAUCGUGACCGUUUUGGCGGUCUGCGCUGCUCGCUGGGUGGCCGUAUUCCCGCUCUCGAAAGCAAUCAAUUUUGUCAUCCGCCAUAGGGCUAGGCGCCGCGGUGUCGAGGUUGCCGAUGAACUUCCCUACAGCUACCAAGCUAUGCUGUUCUGGGCAGGCCUUCGCGGUGCUGUGGGUGUAGCCUUGGCGGCUCUCCUAGCAGGCGAUGCGAACUCGGCUGCUCUACGCGCCACGGUCCUGCUUGUCGUGGUACUCACGGUCAUCAUCUUUGGCGGCACGACGGCCCGCAUGCUCGAAAUUCUGGGUAUUCGGACCGGUGUAGUCGAGGAGGCGGACAGCGAUGAUGAGUUUGACAUCGAGUCCUUUGGAGGCUACAAGCCGGGUGAAUCGGACAUUGGAAGCGACAUUGAUACCUCGGACCUCCCGCCAUCGGUACGGAGAUCGCCUCGGCCCCGGGGAAGCCCUAUGCUCGGCGAAGAAAGCGAGAACGCAUUCCGCCGUUCCUCGCCCGCGACCGAUUCUCCAGCUGGUGGUGGUGGUGCAGCAGCUAGCGCGAGAAAGGCCUUCCGGCAGCUGCUUUCGGCGGACGACCCGAGCGUGUUCUUCCGGCAGCUAGACGAGGACUUUAUCAAGCCUACGUUGCUUCUUGACGGUGCAGGUGGCCGGGGAGGUAACGGCCAUGGGUCGAGCGGUGGAGAUGGUCACGGAGCUGGUGGGCCGAGCGGGCAAUGA